GACGGAGAUACUACGGUUGCAGUGUAAGGGGGAGAAGAUUACGUCUAAAUAUGGCGGCCAUGCCUGCUCUUCAGAGCUCCUUCACUUCUCAUUCUCUCUCCUCCAAUUCUUCCUUCUUCGGACAUCGUCUCCUUCCCAUGCUGUCUCUCUCCUCCGCUUCUCCGGUCAAGCCCACUGAGAAACCAUGUCUCACUGUUGCAAAGCUCAAGCGUUGGGAACGCAAAGAAUGCAAACCAAACAGCCUCCCUCUUUUACAUAAAAUGCAUGUCAAGGUUGGAGAUACUGUCAAGGUAAUAUCUGGCCGAGACAAGGGUAAGAUCGGGGAGAUCUCCAAGAUCUUCAAACACAACAGCACCAUAGUUGUAAAAGAGAUAAACCUCAAAACAAAGCACAUGAAGAGCCGAGAGGAGGGGGAACCCGGCCAAAUUGUCAAGGUUGAAGCACCGAUCCACAGCUCGAACGUGAUGCUGUAUUCGAAAGAACAGAACUUGGCGAGCCGGGUGGGUCACAAAAUCCUUGAAGAUGGGCAGAAGGUAAGGUACCUCAUAAAAACAGGGGAAAUCAUCGACAGUGCAGAGACAUGGAAGAAACUUAAGGAAACUAAGGAUAAAGAAACCACUGAAGUAGCCACCACUUCGGCCGCUGCUUCUUAGCAUCUCAAUCUCCCUUCUUCUUCGUCUAUCUUCCCAUUUAGUUCUUCAAGCUGUGUAUUACGAGGUUUCUCGGGUUUCCUUGUAUUGAACUCUGUGUUUGAAGUCACCUUAGAGUGAAAAGAACGCCAGUUUGCCCCCGUGUUGACAAACUGGUUGACGUCAGGGCUGGGGAUAA